CGGUCGUCGGAGGCGAGGCGUUUCGACUGUCAGGGGCGGUCCGGCCCGGAAGCGGCGGCGGCUGGGAGACAGCGGGGCUGGGCCAUGGCGGCGAACCUGAGCCGGAACGGGCCGGUGCUGCAGGAGGCCUACGCGCGGGUGGUCAACGAGAAGUCGCCGACCGACUGGGCUCUCUUUACCUAUGAAGGCAACAGCAAUGACAUCCGUGUGGCUGGUACGGGGGAGGGUGGCCUGGAGGAGAUGGUGGAGGAGCUCAACAGUGGGAAGGUGAUGUAUGCCUUCUGCAGAGUGAAGGACCCCAACUCCGGCCUGCCCAAGUUUGUCCUCAUCAACUGGACUGGCGAGGGUGUGAACGACGUGCGGAAGGGAGCCUGUGCCAGCCACGUCAGCACCAUGGCCAACUUCCUGAAGGGGGCCCACGUGACCAUCAAUGCACGGGCUGAGGAGGAUGUGGAGCCUGAGUGCAUCAUGCAGAAGGUGGCCAAGGCCUCAGGUGCCAACUACAGCUUCCACAAGGAGAGCGGCCGCUUCCAGGAUGUGGGGCCCCAGGCUCCGGUGGGCUCUGUGUACCAGAAGACCAAUGCUAUAUCUGAGAUCAAAAGGGUUGGCAAAGACAGCUUCUGGGCCAAAGCUGAGAAGGAGGAGGAAAACCGCCGGCUGGAGGAGAAGCGGCGAGCCGAGGAGGCACAGCGGCAGCUGGAGCAGGAGCGCCGGGAGCGGGAGCUGCGCGAGGCCGCACGCCGGGAGCAGCGCUAUCAGGAGCAAGGCAGUGAGGCUGGCCCCCAGAGCCGGACAUAUGAGCAGCAGCAAGAGGUGGUUUCACGGAACAGAGAGGAGCAGGAGUCUGCCACACACCCGAGAGAGAUUUUCAAGCAGAAGGAGAGGGCCAUGUCCACCACCUCUGUCUCCAGCCCUCAACCAGGCAAGCUGAGGAGCCCCUUCCUGCAGAAGCAGCUCACCCAACCAGAGACCCCCUUCAGCAGAGAGCCAACUCCCGCCGUCUCAAAGCCCAGGGCAGAUCUCUAUGAGGAGCCAGCGCCCCGCACUCCUCCGUGUUUGGUGCAGGCAGAAGAGGAGGCCGUGUAUGAGGAGCCCCCGGAACAGGAGACCCUCUACGAGGAGCCUCCACUGGUGCAGCAGCAAGGUGCUGGUUCUGAGCACCUUGACCAUCACACGCAGGGCCUGGAGCUCAGUGGACAAGGACUCUGUGCCCGCGCCCUGUAUGACUACCAGGCAGCCGACGACACAGAGAUCUCAUUUGACCCCGAGAACCUCAUCACGGGCAUCGAGGUGAUCGACGAAGGCUGGUGGCGUGGCUACGGGCCUGAUGGCCACUUUGGCAUGUUCCCUGCCAACUACGUGGAGCUCAUUGAGUGAGGCUGAGGGUCCAUGUUUCCUGUCCCCUCUCAGACAUGGCUUCCUUAUUGCUGGAAGAGGAAACCUGAGAGUUCACGGUGGCACUCUUCCAGGAAUGGGGCCCCUGCUGAGGAUGAGGCCUCAGGGCUCCCUCUGGCUUGGGUGUCUCAGCCUGUCUCCCUAGAUGCAGCUGUUUCCCCAUGAUUCCCAAACAUGCUUCUUGCAGCCUCCCAGGCCCUCCCAGGCAGUCUGGAUCUCGGCCCCAACAGGAUAUCGAGCCAAGCCCCGCCUGCGGCCAGCCCCCUGGUGACCUCUGAGUGGCCACUGCCAAGCUGGGGGAGGGGUUCUGAGCAGGGGUAUCUGGAAGCUCCAGGCUGCCUUCUGCAUUUAUUUGCCUUUUUUCUUUCUCUCUCACUUCUGGGGUGGUGGCCACAACCAUUUAGAAUGACCCUUGGGAACUGUGAACUUAAGAAAAUUGUUUUUAGCAGAGUUUAUGACCAAAGCCAGAGUGGAUCAUGACAGUUUUGCUGACUCUGCAGCUAAUGACUUUGCUAGCAGGGCAGUUGUCUUGUUGGAGCCUGCUCCAUGCUCCCUGCUCCAUUUCUCUGUCCCCCUGCCAGGCUGUGGAAAGUGGGAAUGGCGACGGCCGAGCUCCCACCUCUGGGUACGUGAGAACAACAGACAUGAUGUGUUAUUUGUGUGGCUCACUCAACGUCUGCUGAUCCCGGUGUGUGCCUCUUAACUGACUCUGGCUUCAGGAAAAGUAACACAGAGUGGCCUUUGCCUGUUGUCUUCCCCUGUUUUAUGUACCAGCCCAUCUCUGUCUCUGGAGAACAGACUUGCUUUUGGACUAAGAAUUGCCAGUUUGGUCCAUACAGGCUCGCAGCUCUGACCUGCCCUUCUAUAGCCUGUAUGCUCCCGUGUGGGAACAAAACCCUGCCUGGGUGUCUGCAUCUGCUUUGUGUCUGGGGUGUACACACUCACCCCCAGACCUCUGCAGCUAAUGACUGACCACCAGGAAGAGGCAUAAACAUUAAGAUGUGACUGAA